AUGCUCCAGAAAGGACUGUUUUUCGGAAUCGUAGUCGUUUUUAUCUUCAGCUGCGGUUAUUAUCUCGGCGUUUCGCAAAAUGCACGAAUAGAGAAUGGACCAUUACCUGCGGUCACGUCCAUAGAAGAUUUUAAAGCCGAUUAUGUUCGUAAAGAAAUUGCUUCACUGCGCCUUGAUUCCGCCAAGCCCCAAAGAAAUAAUACUAUCGGAAGAGGAUCUUAUCGUCGACAAAAAGAAGAGCCAAUUAAAGAAAUUGUCGAAAACGAAAAUGAAGCUCCGGCCAUUGAAAAUACUUACGAUGCAAAGGCGGAGAUCCAGAAACGAUUAGAGGGAUACAAUAAGUACUGUGAAGGAAGGCGUAGAAGUCUGAUUGGCGUUUCCUUUAUCACUGGAUACAUUUCUCGAUAUGGAGUGUCUACUGGAGAUGUUCAUUUCUGGACCUGUUUUCUCCCAAAGGCGGCCAGUAGUUCGCUGUCAGUAACAACUCUUUUGGCAACUGGUUACAUUCCGCUUGAGCACAAAAACACCGUCGAAACGAAGACUUGGGACGAAGGGCGCAACAAAUGCAAUGACAGACCUCUAGGGAAGGGGGAAUUGUCUAAUUGCCUGCACAAAUACGCGGCAAUGCCACAGAAGUACCGAUACAUGGGUGCUAAUUUGGAGCCAGGCGAUAAAUUUGCAUCCAUUAUUGUUGGACGAGAACCCAUGUCUCGACUUGUUUCUGCCUGGAAGGACAAGAUCUAUCGCGGCUCUGAUCGAACUUUUUACUACAAAAAAGUGAAGACGGCUUUUUCUCAGACAAAAAACCCGAAAUGCGCCAACUAUGCUACUUCUGAAGCUGCCUGGGAAGCCGGUUGCCGGUUGGAAUUCAAAGAUUUCGCGAAUUGGGUAGCUCGAGGAAAUUUUGCUGCUGAUGAGCAUUGGAGACCAGCUGCUGAUCUUUGUGCCAUGUGUGCUUUGAACCUGUCAUUUAUUGGCCACUCUGAGCAUUACGGAGAAGAUGCACAGGUGCUUGCGGAACAAUUGAAUAUCCCGAAAUCUUAUCUUCCUGACGACUAUUCAAAGUCAAAUGAACAUGCUGCCGCGCUGAAUGCAAAUGCAAGAAAAGCCUCGCUCGACGAAAUGUUCGCCGAUAUACCUCGGGAAACGCUUAUCAGCUUGAGAAGGAUAUAUGAGCCAGAUUAUAUCAUGCUUGGCUACGAAAUGCCAGAGUGGCUUGCUAACGCCUAA